AACAGGAAAUUUAAUGAAAAUUGAACGAUUUUAAUAAUUAUUAGAAUGACACUGAUAUUUAAAAUAAUUGUCCGCAUAAAUAUUAUUCUGCCUUUGGAUCAUUAAAUACCAACGUCACAUUGUGAAAUUAUUAUAAGUUUCAAUUUCUGAAACUUAGCACUGCGCUUGCGUAAAGUUCCGUCAAAUCAAACAGUGUUUGGCGCGCUGAUAAGUCUAGGUCGUUUGAUCACGAUGAAAUUGUUUCUUUUAUUAGUCGCCCGACAGAUAUCAUUCAUUUCUCACGCCUUUGACGACCUACCGUACGUUAUAUUGAAUCUUACUUUUAACGAAGAUGUCUAGUAGACAAUUUUGUUAUGAUAAAACGAUGGCAAGACAAAACGGAGUUGUUCAACCUUUACUUACAGAUUUAUAUCAAAUCACAAUGGCAUAUGCCUAUUGGAAAUCUGGUAAAGUUAAUGAUGUAGCAGUAUUUGAUUUAUUUUUCCGUACAAAUCCAUUUCAAGGCGAAUUUACUAUAUUUGCUGGACUUGAAGAAUGUUUGAAGUUUUUACAAAAUUUUAAUUACUCAGAUAGUGAUAUUGACUAUUUAAGACAAACUCUACCUUCCACAAUUGAAUGUGAAUUUUUCGAUUACCUUAAAGAUUUAACUUGUAAGGAUAUCAAAUUGAGUGCAAUUGAAGAAGGCUCCGUGGUUUUCCCAAGAGUUCCGUUACUACGAGUAGAAGGACCUUUGAUUAUCGCCCAGUUAUUAGAGACGACCUUAUUGACCCUGGUUAAUUUUGCAAGUUUAAUGGCAACAAAUGCAGCGCGAUAUAGAAUGUUCGCUGGAAAGAAUAUAUCUUUACUCGAAUUUGGCUUAAGGAGAGCCCAAGGCCCCGAUGGGGGUUUAUCAGCAUCUAAAUAUUCAUACAUAGGCGGCUUCGACGGGACGAGCAACGUGCUAGCGGGAAAGAUGUUCAACAUCCCCGUAAAGGGCACGCACGCGCACUCGUACGUGACGUCGUUCAGCUCGCUGGAGGACAUCCAGCGCGUGACGCUGCGGCACGCGGACACGCGGGCGCCGUGCGACCUGCGCCAGCUCGCGCUGCAGUGGCGCCGGCGCCUCGCGCCCAUCCUCGCGGAGCAGGCGAGCGACGGCGAACUCGCCGCCCUCAUAUCCUACGCCAUAGCGUUCCCCACCGGCUUCCUCGCGCUCGUCGAUACGUACGAUGUGAAGAGGUACCUUAACGGCUCACGCGCCCGCCCGAACGCCCCCCCCGGCCACAAUGCCAACUGUGGGACCAAUGGUCGAGUCGUGACGCCCGCUAACCCUAGUAAAGGAUCUAGCCCGGUCGAACGCACACUGAGGAGCGGGUUGCUAAACUUUAGCGCAGUGGCACUAGCGCUGAACGAGUGUGGCUACAGAGCCGUGGGAAUCCGCAUAGACAGCGGUGAUCUGGCGUAUUUGUCCGUUUUGGCGAGGGACACCUUCAAGCAAAUCGCUGAAAUGUUCCAAUUACCGUGGUUCGCGAAACUCACGAUUGUGGCCUCUAAUGAUAUUAACGAAGAGACGAUACUCAGCCUUCAUGAGCAAGGGCAUGCUAUCGACUGCUUUGGCAUCGGAACGCACUUGGUGACAUGUCAACGCCAACCCGCUCUUGGUUGUGUUUAUAAGUUGGUGGAAAUAAAUGGACAGCCGCGUAUCAAGCUCAGUCAAGAUGUCGGCAAAGUGACAAUUCCGGGGCAUAAAGAGGCAUAUCGGUUAUUUGGUGCUGAUGGACAUGCGUUAAUAGACUUGCUACAGCGUUCGUCUGAACCCGCGCCUGAGGUGGGACAAAAAGUGCUCUGUAGACAUCCCUUCCAAGAAUCGAAGAGGGCGUAUGUUAUUCCUAGCAAAGUGGAACAUCUUUACAAGGUGUAUUGGAAAGAUGGUCAAAUCACGUACCCGCCAAAACCGCUGUCUGAGGUGCGAGAGCGGGUGCAGUGCUCCCUCAAGACUCUGAGGCAGGACAUUAAAAGGAAUUUGAACCCCACGCCAUACAAGGUCGCAGUAAGCGACGAUCUCUACAACUUCAUACACGAUUUGUGGCUUCAAAACGCACCGAUUGGUGAAUUAUUCUGAAAUUAUCUGGAAGACAUAAUAACAUUAUUCUCGGUAUUACAAUAUUGUAUACCAUACGUCAAUCGAAAAUAUUUUUACCGUAUAAAAGAAAUAUACAGCCUAUUAUUUUCUGAAAAUGUUACGGCUGAAUUUAUAUUUUUAACAUUUUGUUUAUCCGAAAUAUUUGGUAUGGCAAUAUUACUAGUGAAUAAGAUUCUAUGGUGUAUAUACCAACAGUUAUAUAUUAUUUCUAUUAUCAAUUUAUACUUUUUAAUUUCAUUAUGAAUUCAAGUGUAGAGUUAUAAUAUUAGACAGAUUUAUCGUACUAAUAUUAUAGACGCGGAACAUAGGUUAUAUAUUAACUAACUGCUUCCGGAUACCACUUGAGUGACGCCGCAGUAUUCAGGUAUUAGAACAUAAAAUAUAAUUUAUAGACAUAUGAUAAACUUUUAAGUGCACUGUAUUGAUAUAAAGGUCACAAUUUUUAAUUGUUAAUCGGAUAUUUAACUUUUGCCUAAGUUUAUAUGUUGUGGGGCAAUAAAAAAUUGUAAAUGUGUUUUGAAAAUUUUAUCUUAUUUAAUAACACCUGCGGUCCGCCCCGGCUUUGCCCGUGGUACAUAUGUAGCAUUCAGAGAUCACGUGUAAUAUGUCCAACGGCGAAAUAAUUUUUGAAAUCGGUCCAGUAGUGUAGUUCCUGAGAUGAGCGUGUUGAAACAAGCAAACUUUUCAGAUUUAUGUUAUUAGUAUAGAUAGAUGUAUCUUCUAUUUUAUUGAUUACAGACAGAAAUAUAGUAGUAAUAGAGUAGGUAAUAAAACAAAUGACUUCAUGGCAUUUACGUUUUUAGUUAAGAAAAUUAAUCUUUUAUAUAAAUAAGAUAACUAACUUAGAGAACAAUUUUCAUAUAAUGUGUUUGAAAUAUGGAAUGUAUGUUACCAUCUUGCUCAAAAUUUUAUAUCAAAGAAAAUCUUAUUCAUGUAAUGUAGUUAGUUUUUAGUUGUCACACCUACCCAUUCAAAUGGUAAAGAUGAAAUAUUCAUAACGAUAAAAUUGUUAUCAAUAUUUGUAACAAAUAAUAUAAACAUACUGUUUUAUACUGUCUUAUAAAAAGAUAUGAAAAAUAGCGUAAUACACUCAAAAUAUGUCAUAAGCUAAAUCGUCCGAUUCAUAUAUUUGGCAUUCACCACACCUGUAUGAAAGAUCAUUAUUGUACAUACAAUGAAAUUCAGUUGUAUAAUAUUUGCUUGUAUUAGAUAAGAAAAUAUUAAUCGCUUACUGAUGUUGUAUUUGAAUCAUGUGCGUUGUAUAUCAGGCUAACAUGUUUAGCAAAUUUUUAGUGCGGGAAUCUAGAACUAUUCGGCAUUCACCAAAUAAGAUCAGUGUCAUGCAGUAGCAUAGUACUGUCCUUCGAUUUGUAAUUAGGGGUGGGGGGGAGUUUUCCUUACUCUACCUUGUCUAUUCUUUUAUUCCCACUAUAAAUAGCCACAGAACAACCACAUAAAAAACUUUCCUUUUAUUUAUUAAGAACGGUAGAUUACGUCGCAAUUAAUUAUGGUUUCCAGACUUUUUUAUGCUCGUCGUAAAGUUAUCAUAAAAUCUCUUACUUGUAAACUUAUAGAUUUGCUUUAUUAUGUUUGCUUGAAACAGGAGGAUAAACAUACAUUUUGUAAUUUUUUACCAUAACUAAAUGGGUAUUUAACUUAUACGCACAUAUGAUAUCGUUUUCUUGAAACUACGUAAUAAUGUUAUUUUUUUUUUUUUGUAACUCAUGUAUGCAUAGAAAAAUAAUAAAGUUCUUAUGUAGACAUUGCCAAUGAGAAAAUAUUCUGUAUUGUUGUUUUAAAGCUUUUUCCAUAGAAAUACAAUAUAAUUUUUAUUGAUGCUUUCCAAGAUUUCUGCAUUCUGAAGCAAUAUCAAUUUGAGCCCGAUAUUACAUCUUAUGACCAAACUAAACGGCUAUAAACACUUAUUAUUAUUAUUACACAAAUGUGUAUAGGACUAACUAUUCUUAGAAUAAAUAACUUUAUGAAACACUCUUGUGCAAAUGAGUUUAAUCUGCAUGGAGUAAAGAUUUUUUCUAAAUUAAUAAAAUAAUAAAAAAUUCAACUGUCUGGGAAUAUAUUCACAUUGUUUGUAAUUGUGACAGUUUUUGGUAGUACAUACUAGGAUUAGAAAUUAGAAUAAGAGUAUUUAUAAUUGUAUAAUAAACAUGAAAACUAAAUAAAGCAACGAGAGAAGAUGUAAAGCGUACACAAUCUUACUAGUAAUAAAUUAAUAAUUAUAAUUAUUAUAUGUCAAUACAUUUUCAAUAAUUUUAUUUCCUGUUUAUAUUAAGUUAGAUUUUCUUGCUGGUGUUUUCUGUUUUGUUUAACAUUUUUUUUUUACAUUCUUGUAUCACUGGUCAUACUAUAAGACAUAAGACGCUGUGCUGCUUAUUCACUUGCUCGAGUUUAGUAUAUUUUUUUUUUUUUGUGCAAUAUUUACACAGUAACAUGCGCAAACGCGUGAAGAUCGAACUGAUCGCUUUAAAAUUUUUAAUUCUUUAUAAGAUAUUAUUCUAAGUUUCAAAUUUUAUAUGAAAUUAAUAAGUAAAAUUUUGGAACGCGUUUUGUUACAUAAUAUAAUAAAACACGUCUCAUUAUGUGAUAAUGUUUCUAAAAAGAUAUUUUAAAACAGCAUAAGCUCUUCAAAAUAUGUGACAAGGUUUCAAAAGUCCGAUUCAUAUAUUUGGUAAUCACCACAUCUGUAAAUGAGUCCUCGGAAAUCGUAUUAUUUAUAAAAAUUAAUGAAAAAUGGCUCAAUAUGUGUUAAACGCGCGUAUAAUCGUAGGAAUAUGUUUACAUGAAACUCGAGCGGUUGCGACGCAAAGCGAGACGUACUCUCGCUAGGAGAGCCCGGUCGUGAAUGACGAUAAUAUUACAAGGUUAUAGUUCAAUUUGCUUUUUUUUUUAAAUUAAGUUAUUUGUUUUAUAUAAAAUUAAAUAAGGAUUCUAACAAAAAGUGAGCCGAAGAGUAAUGUGUAUAUUUUAAAUUCUUUUAAAAGUGUUUCUAAGGUAUAGAGUACGGUUAUUAUUGUCUAGAGGUCUCAAGACUCAACCCAUCUGAGCGAAUAAGAACAUAAAUUUAAUCAUCUUAAAAAAAGUUGAAAUUCACAAACAAUGAUAAAAAAAUUAUCAUACUUCUUAAUUUGUGGCACAGCCUCAUUAGAAUAGCUGUAUUUUGUUGCUAAUAAUCUUGUUUUAGCUAAUAGGUCCAAUUCUGAGUGUUGUGAUCAAGAACAUGUUGCUAUUUAUAUAAAUCGUGGCUGUUGAUUUAAAUUUAUAAUUCCAGUAAAUUUUUCUAGUGGAUAUGGUUUUGUGAUAAGUUAUAAGAUUAUUAGUAAGAAGACCAAAUAGUAAUGGCGUAUUCAGUAAUAUAUAUAAAUAAUAAAAAUAAACAUAAUUGGUUAAAAUAAUGUUACAUUUACUACAUAAAAAUUAGAAAAAAAGUUAUAUAUUUAUGAAAUAUUUUGUAAAAAUUUUUGUUAGUAAUAUAAAUUUAAUAAAAAUAGAUUGUUAUCAGUUAAAAAUUUUAUCAAUAGUUUAUACAGUGUUGUAUAUCCAAAGAUUAUGUGCCUAUUAUGUGAAUUAUGCGUGAUACACUAUUUGAAUAUAUUUUGAAACAAAGUAUUUUAAGUCACCAAGAGCACUGGGCUAUUGAACAAUAUACUUGUGCCUUUAAUGCAGCAUAAUCAGCACAUAUUAUAUCAUAGUUUUGAUGUGGUGGGCUUCGUAGCUUUUGUGCUUAUAGCAGGUAGGUUUGAUAUGGAUGUGGUAAUAAAAAGAUUUUUU